AUGAGAUUCAUUGUGAUUGCAAUUUUUGUGAUGCUUGCAACAUCGCAAGAAUUUGUUGAAUUUUACUCUGCAUUUUCUAAUGCAGACCUAGGUUAAUUGGAUGGGUGGACAAUACAAGGAUCAUUGUCAAAAGCAUAGGCUGAUAAUUUCUUUACUUGUUCAGAUGCCACUAUUUUUGGAGGACCUAAAGCAUUUGGUAAAGGAGCUAUAGUUACCAAACAAUUUUAAUUACCUCCCCAUUUUUAGAUUAAAAUAUCAGUUGAAGUCUGGAAGUAUUGAAUAAUUUAAUAAAUCUAGAUUUGAUGCAUGGGACACAUAGAGAUAGUUCUUUUAUUUGGAUAAUUACUUAUGGGAAACUAUGUGGACUGGAAGUGAUGGAACAAAAAGAUGUGCAACUCCAGCAGGUGGUAAUGUAAAUUCAUUCUAAGUUGAUUAAACAAUAACUCAUAAUCAUGCAGCAUUAUUUAUUGCAUUUGCAUCUUCAGCUGAUAAGUCAGCAGAUAAAGUAUAAUCUUUUUAAUAAUUUUUAGAUGUCUUGGGGUUUUAGAAACUUGAAAUUAUCUUAUUUGGCAUGUCCAACAGAAUGUGGUACAUGUCUUGGACCAGAUGCUAUUGUUUGUUAAAUGUGGGUACCAGUAUCAUCAAGUUGGAUAAAGAAUGUAGAAGCUGAUGGAUGGAAUGUAAAAGGAUCUUCAAAUGUUAUUAAAACAAGUACUUGUGCAGGAAUUCCAAUUGUUGGUGGUCCUGGUAAUUUUGGUAAUAAUGUAUCAAUUUAAAAAAUCUUUGAUAAACUUGUACCACAUUAUAGAAUUAAAGUGAUAGCAUAAUUUUGGAAGAUUGAUAAUUGGGAUAAUGAUAAUGCAGUUUUGUAUAUUGAUAAUUAAGAAAAAUGGAAAUAAAAUGUAGCUUAAGUAGAAGAUAAAGAAUUCUUCAUUUGUGAUAAGAUUACUCCAGGAGGUGUUGAUGGAACAGAAAAGAUUAUUAAUGUAAACUUUGAAUCUCCUCAUAAUUAUGGUGCUGCACUUGUAAAAUGGACAGCCACAACCAAAAAAUCAUCAAAAUAAGCAUCUUGGGGUAUAAGAUAAUUCCAACUUUAUGUUGCAUAAUGUUCAAGUAAUUGUGCAACAUGUACUGGACCAAGUGCUGAGGAUUGUACAGCUUGUGUUUCUCCUUAUAUAUUAUUGGAUCCAGAAGAUGGAAAUGGUUCAGGUUGUAUAUUAAAAGGAGAUUGGGUUGAAUUUACAUCAGAAUUUUAAGGUUCUAGUUGGACAGCUAAUGAGGAUUGGAAAGUAAGUGAUGGUAAAAAUGGACCAGAUUUUACAUCAACAUGUGGAGAAUUCAAAUUCUUUGGUGGUUAUGAAAAAACAGGAAAAGAUGCUAAAAUUUCAAGAAAAUUCAAUUUACCUGCUCAUAAAAGAAUUAGAAUUGCAUUUGAAGCAUGGAAAAUUGAUAAUUGGAAUGGAGAAGAUUAUAUUGUUAAAGUAGAUGGAUUAAGUGUUUGGUAAAGAACAUUUGGAUUUGGAGAUCCUGGACUUGCUGAUAUUUGUGGUGGAGAUGGAUUUGAAAAUUAUGCUAUUGUUGAUUUUGUUAUGGGACAUGAAGCAUCUACAUUAGAUUUAGUAAUAUCAACAACUAUUGGAAAAAAUAAUGAAAAUGCUUCAUUUGCACUUAAAGGAUUUAAACUAUUUUAUGAAAAACCAGAUGCUUGUGCUACACUUUAUACNAAUUCAUUCUAAGUUGAUUAAACAAUAACUCAUAAUCAUGCAGCAUUAUUUAUUGCAUUUGCAUCUUCAGCUGAUAAAUCAGCUGAUAAAGUAUAAUCUUUUUAAUAAUCUUUAGAUGUCAUGGGGUUUUAGAAACUUGAAAUUAUCUUAUUUGCCAUGUCCAGCUGAAUGUGGUACAUGUCUUGGACCAGAUGCAAUUGUAUGUUAAAUGUGGGUACCAGUAUCAUCAAGCUGGAUUAAGACUAUAGAAGCUGAUGGAUGGAGUGCAAAAGGAUCUUCUAAUGUUAUUAAAACAAGUACUUGUGCAGGAAUUCCAAUUGUUGGUGGUCCUGGUAAUUUUGGUAAUAAUGUUUCAAUUUAAAAAAUAUUUGAUAAACUUGUACCACAUUAUAGAAUUAAAGUGAUAGCAUAAUUUUGGAAGAUUGAUAAUUGGGAUAAUGAUAAUGCUGUUUUGUAUAUUGAUAAUUAAGAAAAAUGGAAAUAAAAUGUAGCUUAAGUAGAAGAUAAAGAAUUCUUCAUUUGUGAUAAGAUUACUCCAGGAGGUGUUGAUGGAACAGAAAAGAUUAUUAAUGUAAACUUUGAAUCUCCUCAUAAUUAUGGUGCUGCACUUGUAAAAUGGACAGCCACAACCAAAAAAUCAUCAAAAUAAGCAUCUUGGGGUAUAAGAUAAUUCCAACUUUAUGUUGCAUAAUGUUCAAGUAAUUGUGCAACAUGUACUGGACCAAGUGCUGAGGAUUGUACAGCUUGUGUUUCUCCUUAUAUAUUAUUGGAUCCAGAAGAUGGAAAUGGUUCAGGUUGUGUAUUAAAAGGAGAUUGGGUUGAAUUUACAUCAGAAUUUUAAGGUUCUAGUUGGACAGCUAAUGAGGAUUGGAAAGUAAGUGAUGGUAAAAAUGGACCAGAUUUUACAUCAACAUGUGGAGAAUUUAAAUUCUUUGGUGGUUAUGAAAAGACAGGAAAAGAUGCUAAAAUUUCAAGAAAAUUCAAUUUACCUGCUCAUAAAAGAAUUAGAAUUGCAUUUGAAGCAUGGAAAAUUGAUAAUUGGAAUGGAGAAGAUUAUAUUGUUAAAGUAGAUGGAUUAAGUGUUUGGUAAAGAACAUUUGGUUUUGGAGAUCCUGGACUUGCUGAUAUUUGUGGUGGAGAUGGAUUUGAAAAUUAUGCUAUUGUUGAUUUUGUUAUGGGACAUGAAGCAUCUACAUUAGAUUUAGUAAUAUCAACAACUAUUGGAAAAAAUAAUGAAAAUGCUUCAUUUGCACUUAAAGGAUUUAAACUAUUUUAUGAAAAACCAGAUGCUUGUGCUACACUUUACACAGAAUGUAAUUAUACAGGUUAUUUAUUAUAUUUAUAUAAAUAGGAAAAUCAUUUAAUAUGUGUGAAGAUUUACCUAAUUUCUAAUUAGCCAAAUAUCCAAGCAAAAUUAAAUCAAUAUAAGUUCCAGCUGGAGCUAAAGUUAUUUUAUUUGAUGAAAUGGAUUAUAAUGGUAUAAAAUAUUUAUAUUUAAUAGGAAAGACAAUCGAAUACACUGAGAACCAAAAAUGUAUUGAAGAAUAUCAAUACAAAUUCCUUUAAAAAAAUUAAUAAAAUUAUGUCUUAACAGCUAACAAUUGACCAAAUGAAAC